AGGCUGUGGGUGAGUUUAUCUGAAAGCAGAAGUGAGAGGAUGUGGGAUCCACAAUUAGACUGUAGAAGAGAAGAGCCUGCUGAUCUCUUAGAUCACAGGGUGCGUCUCAAUCAAUUUCUAGGCCUUUCCCAACAUCCAAGGCACAUACAAUUCCCACAAUGGAUCUACUGUAAUGUUGUCACUCAUGUCAGUGUGAUUUCUGUGAUGAAUACAGAAUUAAGGGGUCAUAUGAUGCUAUUUUAAAGAUCAUUAUUUUGCGUAUUUGGUGUAACAGAAUAUGUUGUCAUGCUUUAAUGUUCAAAAACACAUUACUUUUCUAAUAUUGUACAUUACUGUAGUUCCUCUAUGCCCAGCCUCCCUCAAACGCGUCGUUUUCUACAAAGCCCAUCCCCUGGACAAGUGCAGUAUGCUCUGAUUGGCCAGCAGACACAACGGUGCAUUGUGAUUGGCCGAAGACCACAAGCGCGCAUCGGGAAUGUUAACACCUCUUACCAUAAUCGUGAGUUUCUGCUCGACUGGCCAGUGUGAACAGAACACAGUACAUCUUUGUUUGUCAUUUUCUCGCUGCUAGUAAUAAGCAGAGAACAGAGAAUAUCAUGUUUCUAAACGUGAUCGUAAAGAAGACGCGUUACUCUACAGUGCAAGUCAAUAGCAAAUGCUUAAACAAAUACUAAAACAUAGAUAAAGUGACUACUUCAGAAGCACCAGAUUGUCAUAGCAAAGUCAGAAUUUACCUUUUUUUGUUUUUAGAAAUAGCCUUUGUUCAAAGCCAGCCCUGUGCUCCCCUAGGCUUACAAAACUGUUAUCCAUAAAAUACAUUGCACAAAUCUGAACAUUUGGGUUGUGUUGUUCUGCUGUAAGUAAAUCUUAACCAAUGAUUCCUAAUUGUAUCUUCUUCCAGAAGGCCAAAUAAAGUGCUUUUGCUUUCGCAUAGAAACAAACAGCGUCUCCUUGACAUGGCUGCAUCAACACUACUGCGGUUACUGAAACCACGCCUUCUUUCUUUGCGUGAACAUUUGGGCUGCAUUACGCAAAUAUUUCCACAUCGUGAUGUAAACAUGUGGGGGCGUGUUUGAAUGAGGCGUUUUAGCCCGGUCUGGAUCAGCCUUCUCUUUUACUGAUGUAUUAUCUGCCUUGUGUGUUUAUACAGCAUGUUUCUCUGCAUAUCUCUCACACAGAUCACAAGAUACAUAUCAGCUCUGUCUGCAGUGCAGCUGGGUGGAACCGCUGCAGAGAAUAAGGAAGCGGAAACAUGAGAGAGAUAAUUGGAGGAUGUGGACCUGUAAUAAUAAUGAUUUACACUGUAUUCAAGGUUCACAUUUCAUCAGUUCUUGAUCUGUUCAGUUCACUUUUCCUCUGAAUAUCUUUGUGACUGAAGUCAAUCUGGAAUGAGGGCCAUCAUCAUCAACAACAUCACCAUCUUCAUCACUCUCUGUCUGAUCUCAGGUCAGUUUUUUACUGGUCAACCUGGUCAAAUAAGUUUUUUAUGUUAUAUGGUCCAGAUUUAUUAUACAUAUAAUAACCCAGUGCAGAUGAACUUGUGUUUGGCAGGUCAAGGACUUUGUUUCAGUGUGAUUGGCUGCACUGGAGGGAGUUUAAUGUUCAAGUGCACAUACAAGUCCAAUGAUCAGCAUAAAGUAAAGUAUUUCUGCAGAAACAGAGACUGUACGACAGGAAUCAGUACUGAGACUUGGCGCCGCUGGGUUAAUAACGGGAGAUUCGCUCUGUAUGACGAUGAAAACAGCAGAUUUUUCACAGUGUUUAUCAGGAACCUCAGCAGAGAUGAUGAUGGGGAAUACACAUGCGGAAACAAUCAGAAAUGGAAACAUGAUGUUGUGGUACAAUUGAACAGUGACUCUUCUUCUUGUGGGAUGUCUGUUAUCCGAUCUGCAUAUAUUGGUCAAACGAUCACUUUCCGCUGUAAAUAUGAUCAUAAGUUUAAAACACACACCAAAGUCUUCUACAGAGUGAACGUGGAUCCUGUGCAUGUGCUGAACAGCUCUCAAUCAUCACAAUCAUCUGAGGAGAAGUUCAUCCUGACUGACAGACAGAAAGAUCAUUUUACUGUGACCAUCAGAGACAUUUCUGCAGAGGAUGAUGGAGUUUAUUUAUGUGGAGUGGAGAGAGACGAAUCAGAUAAACGACCUUCAGAAACAUCAAUUACUCACAUCACCUUCAUUAAAGAGAUUGAGCUGAAUGUUUCUAGUCCAAUAACUUCUGUUCUAGUUCAAGUCUACAUCAGUAAAGCAGUCUUCAUCAUGUGUAAAUUUCCGCAAGAAUUCAAAGGAAACAUGAAAUUUAUCCACAUAAAAGCAUCACAGAAGUUUUUUCUUGAUGUACAAAAUCAAUGGGUCCAUCGUGACAAAGUGCACAUGUAUGAUGAUACCAGUGAAGGACUUUUGAAGGUUUUUAUCAGUGAUUUAACCGCAGCUGAUGAAGGAAUAUACAGGUGUGGAGUGAAUAUCGCUCACAGUUUUCUGUUCAUGGAGAUCAAAUUGAAGCUCAAUCAAGGUAAAGAGCUUCUGUGAGGAGAUUGUUUUGGUCACUUUCUAGCUGUUAAA